AACGCUCAGAAGAAGAGAGUCACGUUUGUGAAGUGUCACGGUUUUCACGCGCGCAGACAAAAUGUCGAUAUUCACCCCUACAAAUCAGAUUCGGCUGACCAACGUGGCGGUCGUGAGGAUGAAAAAGGGAGGAAAGCGAUUUGAAAUAGCGUGUUAUAAAAAUAAAGUGAUGAGCUGGAGAUCGGGAGCAGAGAAGGAUCUGGAUGAAGUCCUGCAGACGCAAACAGUGUUCAUAAAUGUGUCAAAGGGACAAGUGGCGAAAAAGGAAGAUCUGUCAAAAGCAUUCGGAACCGAUGACUUGACAGAAAUAUGCAAACAGAUUUUAGCAAAAGGAGAACUUCAGGUGUCUGACAAGGAGCGACAUAACCAGCUAGAGCAGAUGUUCCGGGACAUCGCUACAAUCGUGGCAGAGAAAUGUGUAAAUCCGGAGACUAAGCGGCCUUACACGGUCAGCCUGAUCGAAAGAGCCAUGAAGGACAUUCACUACUCCGUCAAAGCCACUAAGAGCACAAAACAGCAGGCACUUGAAGUGAUCAAACAGUUGAAGGAAUCGAUCCAGAUUCAGAGAGCUCAUAUGCGACUCCGCUUCAUCCUACCAGCCAAGGAGGGAAAGAGGCUGAAAGAGAAACUUAAACCCCUCAUAAAGGUGGUGGAGAGUGAAGACUUCGAUGAAAAGUUGGAGAUGGUUUGUUUGAUAGAUCCAGGCUGCUUUCGGGAAAUCGACGAACUGAUUCGCUGCGAGACAAAAGGCAAAGGGUCGGUGGAGGUGCUCAGCCUGAAGGAUGUGGAAGAAGGAGAUGAGAAGCUUGAAUAAUCCACCCUGCAUCUAAUCCUUUUUCCACACCUUGCCGCACUAAAGAACCUUCACAUUAAAUUAUUUUUCUUUUUGCUUAUCAA